GGUCGAGAGUCACUGCAGCAAACCGGUUCCUCCUUCUCGUACAUUCAUGGUGUCCCACGGGCCGCGACAAGUAAAACUUGGCCACUUUCGAAUAAACAGUCACGGGUGAUCGUCCGUUUAGUGGCAGUGAGUGUGGCCGGCUGGUGAAAAUGACAACAGACCGAGAGCCUUCCGUCACUGCUAAACUCCUUCACCUCAUAUUCCUCUCCACCUUCUGGGGAAUGCAGAUAUGGGUCACCUUCAUAUCAGGCUUUGUAAUGGAUAAUCAUCUGAACCGGCACACGUUUGGCUUUAUCCAGAGCCGGCUCUUCCCGUUUUACCUGCAUAUCGGCUCAGCGUGCGCUUUCCUCAACCUGACUAUUUUCGCCAUGUACCACCCCAGCGAUCUUUUGGAUGAAAAAGAGGCCUUUCAGAUCUUCAUUUAUUUUGUCUGCGUGACCGUGGCAGCAGUGAAUUCGCAGUGGUUUGGUCAGAUGACCUCAGAGAUUAUGGCAGAUAUGCACCUUAUUGAGCAGGCCUGCGGGCUGGGUCAGGACAUUGGACUCUCAUCUAAUCGGGAGGCCUAUGCCAAGCUCUGUGAGACAGACCAGAAGUAUAAACGUUUGAGUGGCCGUCUAUGGUUAUACCACAUGCUUUCCUCUCUGUGUAACUUAUGUUGUAUCAUAUGUAAUGGAUACAGUCUAUAUUACCUGGCAGAGAACCUCACCACAAUUUAAUCGUCAUCCUGCUCCUCCUCCAGAAUGGGGUACAUGCCCACGAUGCAAAGCAAAACCCUUGAAUUGCAUCAUUGAUGAACUGCUCUCAGGUACUGAAUUACCUCCUGACAAAUCUGCUCAUUAUUGUUACGAUUGUGUAUUUUAUGUAUUUGUUAAAUGUAUGUAAUGUACAGUUAUGGUUUGUAUCCAUUAUGUUUUUACUUUGGAAGACGUUACAUCUAGUGUGUGAAUGAGAAGAAAUUGAAGCAUUGACAUCAGAAACAAAAUUGAAAAAUUAAAUAUCAAUUCUUUUAUGUUUUGGCAUUUUCGAUUUACACCCAGCUGCCUCACAGCUUUCUUAUUUUUAUACUGUGUAUAUGGCGUAGUAUUGAAUCAAUGCAUUAGCUACAACCAUGAAUACCUUCUUCAAACUGUUUUGUGUCCUGCUGAUUGUUAACAGUCAGAGAUAUUGAUGUGAAAACACAUUUCGAGAUGCGAUUGUACGUUGUCUGAUUCUGCAUGAAUUACAUUGAUCUUGGUUGCGGCACAAAUUAGUUUAUCUCCUGUUUAAGUGCUUUGUCUUCAUGCUGUGCCCUUGCAGGUAAGCAGCUGCUGACAGUAAGCAGAACUGCAUGGGUGUGUGCGAAGGGCACAAUGUCUUGACAUCAUGGUUUUAUGAUGUGCAAUCAUUUGUGGGCAUAUAAAAUAUAUAUCCAGAAAAGAAAUGCUGUUGUGGCUACACCUUGCUGUGGAAUGUAGUUACUGUAUUCACUUAUGUAAACAUAUUUAACUGUAAGUUUCAGUGCCUUACAUAGUGAUAUCGGGCUUACAUAACAGUGCACAUUUAAAUGCUGGCGAAACUUCGGGUACAUCCUUGUAAAUAGGGACAUUUUAUGAAUGCAAAUAAAGUGGCAGCCGCUGUGCUAACUGGAUUUCUCUGUCUGUAUCAUCCAGAAUAACAUAUGCUCGAUAUAAUGAAAUGUUGAUCAUAUGUCUCAAGAGUAUCUUUGAGCCUAAUGCUGUGUUAUUGAAUUACCGGAUCACUGAAGAUUGAUUUAACCAUCUGAAGAAACGUUGCUUUAACAGGUGUUAUGUCUGAAUGAAAGGUAAUUGAAAUUCUCAUUGAAUCUUUUUUGUAAUUGAGUCUCAAUCUGGGAUUAUUGUGAAGCUGUGGUAAUGCUUACAUUAUAGUUUUAUGCAUUACAGCAACUUUCACAGACUAAUGAUACAAAUUUAUUUUGGAACAUGUUGUUAAUAUUCGUUGAUGUAUAUAUCCAGUACUGUUUGGUGUUAGUUCCUGGUUUGGUAACAAAUACAAAUGUAAAUCUUAAUGUUUUAUUAGAUUAUAAUCAAAAUUGUAAAAAAUGUAUUGUUCAUUGUUAGUUUAUGUGAACUAUUGCAUUAAAUAAAUCUAAUUUGUAUACUUUUU